UAUCAUCUGGAGUUGUUGCCGUAGCAACGGGCGCGGUCCAGAUCCACCGUCAGUUCGAUAUGAACCCAAAUUAAAAAUGCUAUAUUUUGUGGUUUUCGCACUAAAUUUUCUGUUUACUAAGGGUGACCUGUGGGCGUCCAGUAACCCCACAGUUUUUAACAUUGGUGGGGUUUUAAGUAGCAACGAUAGUGAAUAUUAUUUCAAAGAAACCAUAGCGCACUUAAACUUCGACUCUCAAUAUGUGCCAAAAGGGGUCACCUACUACGACACCGCGAUCCUCAUGGACCCCAACCCCAUCCGGACGGCCCUCAACGUUUGUAAAUACCUAAUUUCGAGUCGAGUUUACGCCGUGGUGGUGUCUCACCCCCUAACCGGUGACCUAUCACCAGCUGCGGUGUCGUACACUAGUGGUUUUUACCACAUCCCGGUCAUCGGAAUUUCCAGCCGAGAUUCAGCAUUUUCCGACAAAAAUAUUCAUGUGUCUUUUCUACGAACCGUUCCCCCUUAUUCCCACCAAGCCGACGUCUGGGUGGAAAUGCUCAAACACUUCAAUUACAAAAAAGUUAUCUUCAUUCAUAGCUCAGACACCGACGGUAGAGCGCUUUUGGGGAGGUUUCAAACCACAUCUCAAAGCCUCGAAGACGACGUCGACAUAAAAGUCCAAGUUGAGUCAAUAAUUGAGUUCGAGCCGGGUUUGGACAACUUUAAGGAGCAACUAAGCGACAUGAAAAAGGCGCAGUCGAGAGUAUACCUCAUGUACGCCAGUAAAACUGACGCUCAAGUCAUUUUUCGGGACGCAGCGGAAUUCAAUAUAACGGAAGCUGGGUAUGCGUGGAUCGUCACAGAGCAAGCCCUGGAAGCGAAUAAUGUUGCAGAGGGUGUGUUAGGGUUGAAAUUGGUAAAUGCUACGAAUGAAAAAGCACACAUUAAGGACAGCAUAUACGUCUUAGCGUCGGCUCUUCGUGACUUAAACCAGACUAAAGAGAUAACCGAAGCCCCCAAAGAUUGCGACGAUUCGGGUCAAAUUUGGGAAACCGGACGCGACCUUUUCGACUUUAUUAAGAAACAAGUUUUGCUCAAUGGGGAGACCGGGAAGGUGGCUUUCGAUGAUCAAGGUGACCGGAUUAACGCCGAGUACAACAUUGUAAACAUACAGAAGAAAAGGAGACAAGUAACUGUCGGGAAGUUCCACUUCAAUAGGGAAAGCAGUCGCAUGCACUUGGCCGUCGACGAAAAAGACAUUCUGUGGCCGGGACGCCAGUACGUCAAACCUGAAGGUUUCAAAAUCCCUACACACCUCAAAGUACUCACAAUCGAAGAGAAACCGUUCGUCUACGUUCGAAAACUCAUAGACCCCAAAGAUAACUGUACAACUGAUGAAAUCGUAUGCCCUCAUUUUAACACUUCGCAAGACAUGACUGCGAUUUACUGUUGCAAAGGGUACUGCAUGGACUUGCUCAAGAAACUCUCCGAGAAGAUCAACUUCACGUACGGUCUUGCGCUCUCCCCAGACGGCCAGUUUGGCAACUACAUAAUCAAAAACAGUUCUGGUAGUGGCAAAAAGGAAUGGACUGGGCUUAUCGGGGAGCUUGUCGGGAAUAGAGCAGACAUGAUAGUCGCCCCUUUGACUAUCAACCCCGAACGGGCCGAAUUCAUCGAAUUCAGUAAACCCUUCAAGUACCAAGGGAUCACCAUUUUGGAGAAAAAGCCAUCCAGAUCGUCCACUCUAGUGUCGUUUUUGCAACCAUUUAGUAACACUUUGUGGAUUUUGGUGAUGGUUUCAGUGCACGUGGUGGCUUUAGUUUUGUAUCUUUUAGACCGAUUUUCUCCGUUUGGUAGAUUCAAAUUGGCAAACACUGACGGUACCGAGGAAGACGCGCUUAAUCUGUCAAGCGCGAUUUGGUUUGCUUGGGGGGUACUACUAAAUAGCGGAAUCGGUGAAGGUACUCCGCGGAGUUUCUCUGCGAGGGUUUUGGGGAUGGUUUGGGCGGGUUUCGCCAUGAUUAUCGUUGCUUCAUACACUGCCAACUUGGCGGCGUUUCUGGUUUUGGAAAGACCUAAAACGAAACUAACUGGAAUCAACGACGCCAGGCUUAGGAACACCAUGGAGAAUUUAACGUGUGCUACGGUGAAAGGUUCAGCCGUCGAUAUGUAUUUCAGACGCCAAGUCGAACUCUCAAACAUGUAUCGAACCAUGGAAGCUAAUAACUACAACACCGCCGAAGACGCAAUCCAAGACGUCAAAAUAGGAAAAUUGAUGGCCUUCAUUUGGGAUAGUUCUCGUUUGGAGUUUGAAGCGGCCCAAGACUGCGAGUUAGUGACAGCCGGGGAGUUAUUCGGUCGUUCGGGUUAUGGAAUAGGUCUCCAGAAAGGGUCCCCCUGGGCGGACGACGUCACUCUAGCAAUUCUAGACUUCCACGAAAGUGGCUUCAUGGAGAACUUAGACAACAAAUGGAUCCUUCAAAACAACGUCCAACAAUGCGAACAGUUCGAAAAAACACCCAACACUCUCGGUUUGAAAAACAUGGCCGGAGUUUUUAUUUUAGUGGCUGCAGGAAUUGUGGGCGGAAUCGGUCUAAUUGUCAUCGAAAUGGCAUACAAGAAGCACCAAAUCAAAAAACAGAAACGUAUGGAAUUGGCGAGACAUGCGGCUGAUAAGUGGCGAGGGGCUGUAGAGAAGCGCAAAACUCUUCGGGCUUCCACUGCUACGCAGAGGCGGAUCAAAUCCAACGGGGUCAAUGACCCGGCUACGAUUUCACUGGCUGUGGAUAAGUACCAGAGGAUUGGAGGGGCGGAGAGGGCGUGGCCAGGCGAUUCGGAUAUUAGGCAGAGGAGGGUCGAGGAUAGUGGAGGAGUGCAGCCCGUUCCUAGGUACCUACCGGCCUAUACCAGCGACGUUUCGCACCUCAUAGUAUAAAGCAAUCUUCGAAGUGUUAUUUAAUUAUCGAUGUACUUAAAUGUUAAUGAAAUAAAUUAUAAUCGUUGAA